AAUGUUUUGCAAGGUUCGCAGCAACCUCAUGGGGGUAAGAACCUCUCAUCUGUGGUGGCUGUUCUAGGAGGUUAGUGAGUGGUCAUCGACAGGCGUAACGCCACGAUUCCCGCGCUGGAGCUUCAGCACCCGUAUACACUGCUUCCGUUCUCCUCUCCCCGCUUUCUCCCUCCUCCGCAUUUUUGCCUGUCGUUCCGAAUCCGAAGCCCGAUCUGAGAGCAUGCGAUAUUGCUCCGACAAGCCGCGGUUGUCGGCCGCGACUCUGCGGCAAUUUUGAUUCUCACGCGUCAGAAGCAGCAUUUUCCACUGCCUGGCCUUCUUUAGAAAUUUAAUACAUAGGCUCAGCAAGCCCGCGCGCCAUGGCGCCUAGGUCCCGCAAUUUCUCGCUGGUGGCCUUCCUCGUUCCCUUCCUCCUCCUCCUCCUCCUCUCCUCCCUCCCUUCCGCCGAUCCCGCCCGGGAUAGAGGCGGGGUAAGGGGGGGGGGAAGGGGCGGGGGAAGGGCCGCUUCGCGUUCCGCCCCUCGCGUGCGGAGGGGGAAAGAUCCUCGAUCCAUCUCCCCCGCCGCGUCCGGCCGCUCCUUUUCCGCCUCUUCUGCCUCUUCCGCCAUGCUCCCCGCAGCAGCUACCGCCGAGAAACUCGCCGGCUGCAGCUGCUACACCGUUCGCAACACCUUCUGCUGCUGGCAGUCGCUGUGCGUCUGCAGCAACGUGUGCUAUAACGGAUCCGCUCUUGUCGGGGAUUUCGGGUCGCAGCCUUGCAUCCGCGCUCCGCUCCCGGAGGCGCCGGCGGCGGCGCCAGGGAAGGGCGGGGAAAAUGAGACUCCCCGCCAAAAGCGGCGGCGGCAGCAGCUGCUGCUGCAGGAAAACCCCCUCGCGCCGGUGACGUGUCGCCGAUUGGAUAAAUUCCGGCGUAUUUUGCGGAUCACGUUAAAGGAGUCGCCUAUAGACGGGAUAGGGCAGCGCGACAAGGGGUGGCGCAAGGAACGAGAGCGCAUUGAGUGGCGGUCAGGCACCACGUACCUGCAGCCACUUGACGCAGAUUGCCUCAACAUUGCGUCGUUCUUUGGCAAAGUGGGUCAGAUUCUCCUGGUGAACAAUGCCUCUAAGCCCGCCCUGCCCCAUGCUGUGGAUCGCUUCAUGUUCCCACGCGCCCCUCAACUGCUGCAAGCCCUGCAAGCAGCGGGCAAGGACAGCUGGCACGUGGUGGUGCUGCGGCAGCUGCUGGGGCUGGCAGUGGCGCCGAUGCUGGGAGAAAAGGCACUCAGAAAGAGCAGCAUGGCGGCUAGGAGAUUCCUUGGCACAGACCCUCUAGCCGGGGGAAUUAUCGAAUUUGAGCCAGCGUUCGAAGCUGCCUCAGAAACCCGUCCUCUGUGCUUCGCAAAGGUGGUAAUCCCGGGGAAACUUAAAGCCAUAACUUACCCUGGCGGCCCUUCCGAAGCCGAGAUGUUUAAAGCCCAUCUCGGCUCGUCGCUCGCUCUGCCCAAUCCGCCGCUGCCAGCUGGCAACAGCCACAGUGCGCGCGCCAAGCCCCGCGUGCAGCUACUGUUCAUCCGAAGGAACAGGACGAGUGUGGGCGGGCGGCGAAUCAUGGACGAUGGGAGCGACGGGGCGCUGUACGACCUCUUUUACGACAUGGGCUUUAAGAUUCGGAGGGCGGAUUUCACGCGCCUUUCCUUCCGCCAGCAGUACGAAGCCGUGCUCAACGCAGAGGUCAUAGUGGGCGUGCACGGGGCCGGCUUGACUAGCGCCGCAGCUUUCGCCCGGAACCGCUCCGUCGUUCUGGAGAUAAUGCCGCAUAAUACAUUCAAUCCGCGGUAUUAUUUCAUGGCGCUCCAGGCCGGCGUGACGUAUUUCCUGCACCAGCUGCGUCCAGGUGCCAAGCAGCCAUUGGACGAGGAGUUUGAGACGCUGACGGUGCGCAAGUGCUCCGGUGUCCCUGAUUGUCGCAAGUAUUUUUAUGAGGAUCGGCUUGUGAAUGUGACAAAGGAGGAUUUGGAGGAUUUGAAGGUGCUUUUGGAGGAGGCUCGGUUGUUUGUGCGUCAGGCUCGGUGGAAUUUGAAUUGGGCGGGAGGACGGCUCAAGACUCGCUAUGAGACACUCUGCUCUGCAGGGAAAGCGAGGGAUAUUGGGUGCCGCAUGGAUUUGAUUCGGUCGCCUGUGGCCGACGUGAAGACGGAAUGCGUGAUGAAGAUGGACUGCUUAACGGUUAAACCCAUGUUGGCUGAUGACCUGGACGACAUCAUGUGAAUGUCAUUUGGAGCUGAUUUGUUGAUGGACUUAUCCUAAGCUUGGUAAGUUAUUUACUUGUCCAGCUGUGUUUCGGCUUUUAUCAUAUUAUUGGAGACUCACUGUACCGUUGUGCUUUGGUCCACUUUCAUGAACCAAACAGUCCCGACAGCUGGACACGUGGACCCACCAAAACCCGUCGACCUUGCCUUCUGUAACAAGGGAAAGCGUCGUGUGUCCGACUUGCCGGCCAGUCGACCUUCGCAGCGGGUGCAAAAACGGGAUACUGUGCUGUACUGUAUGCCAUCUACUGUACGGAAUUGUCAUUGUUGGCCUGCGAUUUCGUCAGCCCCACGCUGACCUCGUAAACCCUUCGUCAACCCGAAGCGACUGACGACGGCUGCACACGAAGGGCAACGCGUCGCGUUCAAAACGGUCAACAAGCCGCCAAGCUGGCAGCCUCGCCAACGCGGUAAAU